UGAUUACCGGUAUGUGGCCGCUGCGCUUGCUGUCAUGAGGAACGUGACCCAGCAGAUCAACGAACGGAAGAGGAGACUGGAGAACAUAGACAAGAUCGCUCAGUGGCAGGCAUCCGUCCUGGAUUGGGAGGGAGAGGACAUUUUGGAUCGCAGCUCUGAGUUGAUCUACACGGGAGAGAUGUCAUGGAUAUAUCAGCCUUACGGACGAAGCCAGCAGCGGGUCUUCUUCCUCUUUGAUCACCAGAUGGUUCUUUGCAAAAAGGAUCUGAUAAGAAGAGACAUCUUGUACUACAAAGGACGGAUUGAUAUGGACCGCUAUGAAGUUUUGGAUAUUGAAGACGGACGGGAUGAUGACUUCAAUGUGAGCAUGAAGAAUGCUUUUAAGCUACAUAAUAAGGAGACUGAGGAAAUGCAUUUGUUUUUUGCCAAGAAGCUGGAAGAGAAAUUGAGGUGGCUCAGAGCUUUCCGUGAGGAGCGAAAGAUGGUGCAAGAAGAUGAGAAGAUAGGUUUUGAAAUUUCUGAGAACCAGAAACGACAAGCAGCCAUGACCGUAAGAAAAGUCAGUAAGCAGAAAGGUGUCGGCUACUCCCGAUCAGUUCCUCCAACAUACCCACCACCCCAGGAGCCACUAAAUCAGGGACAAUACUUGGUAACUGAUGGCAUAGCCCAACCACAGGUCUAUGAGUUCACCGAACCGAAACGCAGCCAGUCACCCUUCUGGCAAAACUUCAGCAGGUUAACGCCAUUCAAAAAAUAAUAUAUAGAGUGAGGGGAAGAGUUUUAAAAUAAAGUUUAAAAAAAUUAAAAAAUG